AGCCAUCGAACAAGUUAGCACUUAUUAUACUGUUUUGUUUAAAUAUAAAUCAACUAAAAUACUAUAUACCUAACUCUGAAAGGCCUCUACUCCGUGGAAUAUUUUACGGCACAAAGAAAUAUGGGCCAUUGUGGCUAUGCAUUUUGCUGCUAAUUAUGGGUGGUACGUACUAAUCGGCUGGAUACCAAAGUAUUUUAAGUCAGAACUACAUGUUUCCGGAGAAAAUUUGUUAACGACUUGCCUGCCCUAUGUGUUUGGAGUAAUUGGCUCCUAUCUAGCGGGAUACUUAAGCACAGCUUCUUUUAUAAGAAAAAAAAUCAGACUUCUUUGGAUACGGCGCUUUUUUGCUGCUAUUUCCUCAUUUCUUCCAGCUUUAUUUUUAAUCGGACUUGCAGUUGGCACAAAAAGUGUAGUAACAGGAACAGCUCUUUUAUGCUCUUCAAUGUUUUUCGCUCGCAUGGCAGUUGUAGGGUACUGGGCCAAUAUGAUAGAUGUGGCUCCAAAUAAUCCAGAGUUUGUAAUGGGAAUCUCCAACAUGGUAGCAACGAUCCCAGGAAUUUUGGGAAAUAAUAUAGUCGGAGUUCUUAUGGGAAAAAAAAACAGCUGGGGGAUUGCGUUCGGGAUCACGUCAGGGAUGUACGUGGUGGGCGGAAUAAUAUAUCUCAUCUUCAGCGGGGCUGAGCCUCUUGAUAGAGAAGAGGCUUCCGAGAAUAAACUUAAGGAUGACGUUUACAUGGAAAGUCAAAUGGAAUUUGUAGAGAGAGAAGAGGAAAACAAUUCUGAAGAAAAAAGUCAAUAA